AUUGACAUUUUGACUAGUUCACCCUAAUGUUCAUUUUAUCAAUAUCGUUUAUUUUAUUUCUGCAAUAAUUACAUAAACAGAACAGAAAACAUGUUAAAUUAAUUUAUUUAUACAAUAAAAAUACUGUAUUUAUUGAUAAAAAAUGUGGCAGUUGUUACAAACUCAGUCUUGUAAAGUGGCAAGGCAGAGAUUACUUUUAUCUAAAAGCAAUGCUUACAUAACAAACAUAUUAAAAGCGAAGCCAAAUAAUGUAUUUAAGAGGCAUUUAUCUGAUGUGAAAGAAGGUCUGGAGAAUAGUGCAAAGUCCAAUUCGUAUUUAAUUUGUAGUCCCUGGAAGCUAUGCACAGGUGUAGGGAUAGGUUUAGCUGCUCGUUUAAUGUAUAAGGAUAGUUCUGCUUUAUGCAAAGCACAGAAAAAUACACGCAUUAUACAAAGGAGGCUGAAUAUUCAGGAUGACAGUGCUAAGUUUGACUGGAAGAGGUUAAUUGAAUAUCUGAAGCCACAUAAAUGGCUAUUAGCAGCUGCAGUGGCUUCUGCUUUAACAGUUGCAUUUUUGAAUGUGUACAUUCCGGCGAUGUUGGGGACCAUCGUCAACGUGUUGGCGGGCAUGAAAAGCAAUCCCACAUUCGACUUCAUUGAUGAAAUUAAACUACCAGCAUUGAAAUUAGUUUCUUUAUAUAUUGGACAGGCAGCAUUUACAUUCCUAUACAUCCACUUGCUGUCUCAAGUUGGAGAGAAGGUAGCUUGUCAGAUGAAGCAAGACCUAUUUGUGUCAAUACUUCAACAAGAUAUGGCGUUCUUUGACCGGGAGAGGACUGGCGAACUUGUAAACAGGUUGACAGUAGAUGUUCAAGACUUCAAGAGUUCCUUCAAACAAACCAUUUCCGGUGGAUUAAGGGCUAUCACACAGGUGAUAGGUUCCGCGGUCAGCCUGCUUGUGAUAUCGCCGCAUCUGACCGCCUUGACGAUGGUGUGCGUACCAUCUGUUGUCAUUGGCGGAACGUUCAUCGGGUCACUACUCAGGAAGUUGUCUAGAGAGGCUCAGUCACAGGUAGAAAAAGCAACGUUAGUAGCAGAAGAAGCGAUAUCGAAUAUACGAACAGUUCGAGCGUUCGCCGGCGAAGAAAAUGAAGCGCAGAUGUUCGGGAACGAAUGUGAAGCGGCCGCUGAUCUCAGCAUGGAGUUGGGACUUGGUGUUGGAUUGUUUCAAGCUGGGACUAACCUGUUUCUCAACGGAAUGGUCCUCGGCACUAUGUUUCUAGGCGGACACUUAAUGUCUACCGGACAAAUGUCCGCCGGUGACGUCAUGGCGUUCCUCGUCAACGCUCAAACUGUCCAGCGAUCUGUCGCACAACUGUCAUUGUUGUUUGGUUCAGUCGUGAAGGGAGUAAGCGCUGGGGGAAGAGUUUUUGAGUAUAUCAACAUGGUACCACAGAUGGACUCUUCUGGCACCAAGACCAUAAAGUACCACGAGUUCCGCGGGGACAUAGAGUUUAAGAACGUCACCUUCGCGUACCCCACUAGACCUGACGUUAAUGUUCUCAGGAAUUUCACGUUGAAGCUCCCAGCGGCCCGCAGCACCGCCAUCGUGGGCAGCUCCGGCUCCGGGAAGUCCACGGCCGCGGCGCUGCUGGAGAGGUUCUACGACAUAGACCGCGGCCAGAUCACUAUAGAUGAUGUGGACAUCAAGGAUUUCGAUGUGAAGUGGCUCCGAGGGCGGGCAUUAGGUCUCAUAAGCCAAGAGCCAGUGUUAUUCGCUACCAGCGUCCGGGAGAAUAUUCGAUACGGGAAACCUGAUGCGUCUGAUGAUGAGGUGUACAAGGCAGCCAUGACCGCGAACGCGCACGAGUUCAUCUCGGGCUUCCCCGAGGGCUACGACACGCUCGUGGGCGAGAGAGGGAUGGCGCUAUCCGGGGGACAGAAACAGAGGAUCGCUAUAGCCAGAGCCGUGUUGAAGAAUCCGCCCAUACUUAUAUUGGAUGAAGCUACUAGUGCAUUAGACUCCGCCAGUGAGAAGGUGGUCCAGACAGCGUUAGAGACGGCAGCGAAAGGCCGCACCGUGUUGGUAAUAGCUCACAGACUGUCCACCGUCAUGAACGCUGACCUCAUCGUGGUGCUCAACAAAGGGAGAAUUGUUGAGAUGGGAACCCACGAUCAGCUGAAGAAGCUAAAGGGCUACUAUUGGAACCUCAUCAAGCAACAAGACCAAGAAACAGAAUCCACGUCCCGAGCGUUAUGAAAUAGACAAGGCUAGUCUAUUUGCUCAAAUAGUGAAUAAUGUAGUUCAAUUUAUUUAUAGGUAGACACAAACUCAUUGAUAUUAUACACUGGCAGCCCUUUCCGGAUUCGCUCGGGUAAAACCAUAAUAAUCUGCCUCGGAAAUCAGACGAUCUAUUGUUGAAAACCGUACAAAAAUCCGUCCGGUAGUUUUUGAGUUUAUCGCGUUCAUACAGACAAAUGCGACCGACAUUAUUUUUAUAAUGUAAGUAUGCAAUUAAUGAUAAUUUAAAGUGAGAUUAAAUAAUUGUAUUUGGUUAUUAAAGUACCUAUAUAUGCAUUUUAUUCGAGGAUAUUUGUUCCUCUAUCACGCUAAAUCUGCUGGACGGAUUUCGAUGAAUUUUGGUAUACGGUUAUAAUAUAUCCUAGAAUAGCACAUAGGGUACUUUAUAAUUCUGAAACUUCCAUGGGAGAGGAGCUCCGGGGGCGCAGUUAGUAAUAGAAUAGUUUGGGUUUAGAGCGGCAUAUAUUCUAUAGGAAGCACGAUUGUUUACCGUUUGAGAGACAAACAUAUUUUUAUCUUAUAUGACUCUUUUUAAAUUUAUUUUUGAUUUUCAAAUAUGCUACACUUCAUUUGUCACCACGUGAGGUUCAAUGUUCGUUCGAUUGGUCAAUAAACUCGAGAAACUGUCAUCUGUCAAAGUCAGAUGUCAAAAAUAAAAUCUGACACCAAAGUUUUUUUUUUCUUGUGUCUUCUCAAUCGUUCGCCAUAACGAUGAUUUAGCCAACGUCAAGGUUAAGAAUAGCACGGUACAGUAAAAAGGAUAUAGAAUAAUACUCACCAAUGUUAACACACAAUUAAUAAUAUCACACUUGAUAAAUAGACUGUCUUUCGAAUUUGUCCAUUUCUAACGAUUAUAUUGUACUAUCUGACAGUUAGCUGGACCUCAAUUUAGUCAAGUGGGCUGUGUGCUACUAUAAAAAAAAACUAUCCGUAGCUGAUUAUUAGAACAACAUCGAUACUAUCCAUAGUAUUAUUAUUCGAUAAUGUGUUAUCGAUCAGUACACUACUUCGGUUAAAUGCCGCCGAUAUAGUGUUUUUCAUUACAAGUUUGUAUCGAAACAAUAUCUCUCUAAUUACUUUUAUACCCAUGCUCAGAGCAUAAAGAAAACUAUACUUCCAAAUUCGUAUUAGAAAUAUAUGAGAAGAAACGGGACAGAGUCUAUAUCUUCUUCUUCUAUCUGUAAUAUCUUCUGUCCCUCACUAUGUACCCUGUUUCACUAGGAACAAUUUUUACGAUCUGGGCCGGGAUUACGGAUAUACGAUAUUUUUAUUUAUAUAUGGAAAUCUUCUAUCUCUUUUUGUGUAGGCUGUACCGUUGUCUAUAGUUUUUUUGUCUUUGUAAUUAAUUAGCCGACUGGAUGGGGUUUUAUUUCUUUUAUUCUUAUGAUAAUUUUAAGGUUAAUUUCAUGGUUUACUCUUGAGUUUUGGUGAAUUGUUUGGAUUUAAGUUAAUACUCGCUUCGCCUUUAUUGGUUUUGUUAUGUAAUUGUUUACGUGUCUUCUCCACCGGACCGAAAAGGAGAGAUGUAUUUUGCAACCAAUGGUAUAAUAACAUAGACAAAUAAUUACACACAAAAACAGAAUAUACAAUAAAAAUGUUGAUGCACUAAAGGCGGACAUACCGCUGUAAGCAAUUUUUAUCUUUUAAUGUUUUUACAAUCUUUAAUUUAACAUGCAAUGUAUAUAAAUAUGUAUGUUCGGGUAGAAUCUUGUAACUCAAAUUUGAAACAGAUAUCUUCAACCGACUGAAUUGAAACUUUGUACGUACACGUUUAGAUAACAAAGCAUUAUUAUAACGUGACCUGAGCCAGGAACGGCGACUACAUAAACUCCUCAAGGGUUCACUGCACGGACAUGAUUCUUCGUCACGCAUUGAAUGCAAUGAGAUCUCUCUGACAACAAUUAAAGCUUGUGUCAAUAACGUCUGUUUUGUGAAAAACUGGUUAAUAUAUUUAACCAGAUCCUAUUGGUUUGUUAAAUAUAUUUCUCUGCUCUAUCUAUCUAUAUAGAUUAUCAUUACCUUUAUCGCUAGCCUUCCAAUAGUUGAAACAAAUGUGUAGUUUUCUUUAAAUAAUUAUUUUAUAUAUUAAAUUCGAUUUACGAAAAUAAUCCAUUAUCAUUUUUUGUAUAAGUUUUAUUGUUGCAUUUUGAUCUGUUAUUUAAUGAACAUAAGCAUAUUUAAUGUCAGGUAUAUUUAUUUGUAAUAAAAAUGUUAGUUGUUGACAA